AGGCACACGCACAGCCACUCCAGCCACAGGAUGCCCUACACUUGCAGCCCUGCUGAGGACUGGCCCCCGCCCUUGGACAUCAGCUCUGAUGGAGAUGUGGAUGCCACGGUGCUCAGGGAACUAUACCCAGAUUCUCCACCUGGCUACAAGGAGUGUGUGGGACCAGGUGCCACCCAGCUGUAUGUCCCCACGGACGCACCACCACCCUACUCACUGACUGACUCCUGUCCCACGCUGAAUGACCACCUCGACUCAGGCAGCGUCUACAACCACAGCCACAGACACCACCAGCAGGAACAGAGGACGCAGGGCCAGAGUGGCCUUCACACUGUCUCCAUGGAUACACUGCCCCCUUAUGAAGCUGUGUGUGGAACCAGUGCCCUAUCUGACCUGCUGCCAUUGCCAGGACCACAGCCAUGGCCAAGGAACUCUUCCCAAGGCUUACCCACCCCAACCUGGGCCCCAACCACCAGCCCUGAGAGGAUGGUGUGAGUGACCCAGCCCACAGGUCUCACUGGUUCCUCUAGGCUGAACAAUCUUUUCCAGGCACAUAGGGGUACACACACAAGAUGCACCCACAACUUGUGCACAUGCAUAUAUAUGACUAUACACACAUAAACUGACAUAUCCCAAUUGCACACACAAACACAUACCCUACACAGGUGUGGACACCUGCACACAGAGGCCCCACUUACACACAAGUUCCCCUGGGAAGGUUUUCUUCUGAUAAAGUGCUCCCUACAUGGUGUCUCUUCCUCCCCAGCCUGGUGCCUGACGGUUAUGUUUCUGGACAGGGCUGGGUAGAGGUGAGGCAAGAAGUACCACUUCCUUCCCUCUCUCCAACUUCCCCUAGGUGGUGGUCACAUUCUGAUUCUCCUGCGGAAACUGUUUGACUACCCAGAUCAGCUGUGUGCCCCAACUCUUACCCCCAGAGCUUGUCCCACUGCCUGGGAGGCAGGACAGGCUCCAGUGAGGUCCCUCCAUGUACUGUGCCUAUCUCUCAGCUCCAGAAGAGCCAUGUGUCAUCACCCUGCCACCUAAAGGGUGAGGACACAGCUCUGGAGGAUCAGGCAUGACCUGGAAGACCUCAAAGCCCACCAGGCCCCUCCCUAACUCAGUGCCCUCAGUCUGGUGGUGCUAGUGGGGUUAUCUUAGACACUCACCCCACUUAUGGGGGUGGGGGAGGAACUGGCCCUUGGGCAUGUGCUGGUGGAGGAACUCUAUCCAUGUCCACUCAGUACUGCCCGGGAUGGACAGUCUUCAAUGAAGACAAGGUCACUGCCUUUGUGCAGGUGGCCUCACCGCAGUGCCACCAAGACACAGCUGCAAGGCAGAGAAGGGCCCACUGUUCAGUAAGUGCCCAGCCAGCUCUGACAACCUGAGCCUAAAUAGGCUCUAGCCAACCCAGGUGCCAGUGCUGUCAUCCAGGGUGGCAGCUCAUAGCUGGGGACUAAGUCCAUGCAUUCUGGUCUUGCCUCUCUGGGACAUAUGAGAGACAAUAAUAAAGAGAACCCGAAUCCCACAAAACCCACCAUGCCACUACAAGAGGACCAAUGUCUGCUAUCACAGAAGUGGGUGUGUGGAGUCAGCCUGGUUGCGAAAAGGCUCAGAUCUUGGCCUAUGAACUCCAACAAACUCCAUCAAAGACUAUGUAGGGUAGGGUGACAGAGAUGAUCUUUGAAGACCCCACUUGUAGCGGGGGGCAAGCAUCUUUGAGGAGUGGCCUGUCGGCAUCACCAGAGGCAGGAAGCAAGUCACCCUGUCUCCCCUCUUCCUACCCUUGGCCACUCAUCCCUAAGCAGCAGACCCACUCCCACAUUUCAAUUUCUCCAAUGAAGGGCUAAGAAAAUUCAGCCAGCCUUUUCUUAAGCAGAGGGGUGGCAAGAAUGGCAAUCUUGAAUUUCAUUUUCUAUAGAAAGUGUCCUGGCGCAGAGCUGAAAGGGACCCUCCCACAGGUUCCAUAGCAUCCUUUCCAGUUGCAUCCUGGAGUCACAGGCUCCACCUGGGGGAGGGAUCUUGUUUACAAACAGUUCUGCCCA